AUGUCAUGGCUUGAAUUUACUUGUUCAGGUUCCUACUCCGGUGAGAUCGAUCAUACUGGUUUUCUUUCGGACAAUAUAGGGUCCCUGUUUUUGAAUCCAAACUUCUCUGAUGUAAUAUUUGCGGUUGACGGAGAGAAAUUUCCUGCUCAUAAAGUUCUUUUGGCUGCUCGAACUAUGCUUUAUGGAGGAAUGAAAGAAAGUGAUGAAGGCGAAAUCGUUCUCGAGGAGACUAACGUAUUUGCAUUUCGUAUUCUUUUGAGCUUACCUUGCUUGAGUAUAAGGAAGAACAAAUUCAUGGAUAUUCUCGGUCUCGCUCAUAAAUACGGUUUCGUGAAGCUUCAAAAUGCAAUCGCCGACUAUUUAAAGGCAAUAUUGAACAACAAGAACCUUUGCACAAUUUUCAAUAUUUCUCAGUUGUACUCACUCAACGAUCUUACGGAGUAUUGUCUAGUUUUUGCGGAUCAGAAUGCUUCAGAAGUACUCACAACACAGGGCUUUCUGCAAUUAUCAAUCAAUGCAGUGACGCAACUAAUAGCUCGCGAUUCAUUUUGCGCUUCUGAAAUCGAUAUCUUCUGUGCGAUACGCGAAUGGGUGAAGGCACGGCCAGAAAUGCAGGCGGCUGCUGUAGAGAUGCUUAUGAAAUGUCUACGACUUUCACUUAUCAGCCAGAGAGACCUUCUGAACAUAGUGAGGCCAUCGGGUCUUUUCGCACCUGAUACAAUUUUAGAUGCUAUUGAGGAACAGGACAAGAAACGCACUACUGAUCUUACUUAUCGUGGUUUCUUGACCCCUAAUACGAACAUUGCUACUGCUCAGUUGGGUGCUGUGGUUAUCGCUGGUGAAGCUCCGAACGUGCUUUUGAGUGAAGCAGGAGGUAUUCCCCAAGAUGGAGAUCGUGGACUAACUCGGCAUGCUAUUGGUGAUGAGGAAGGGAUAAUUGUACAACUGGGUCGUCCUUACAUAAUUAACAAAAUAGUGCUCCAGCUGUUUGAUCGCGAAACCAGAAUGUACUCGUAUUAUGUUGAGGUUAGUGUGGAUCGCCGUGACUGGGUACGUGUAAUCGACCACACGAAGUAUCUGUGCCGUUCUCGGCAGACGCUGUACUUUUACUCACGUGUUGUUAGGUAA